AUCAUGAACAGCUCUGAGGCAGAGUUGCCGCUGCGACCAGACACGCAGCUGAAGAACGUGGUGCUGCAGGUCCAAGAGCUGUAUCCGUUCCACGAUGGCUGGAACGUGGCCUGCUUCGUCAUCCUCAUGCUCUUCAUCCUCACCGUCCUCUCCCUCGCUGCGCUGGCAUUCCUCUACGAGCUGCUGGACUGCGGGUGCUUCGCCAAAGGCAAGACCGUGCGCGACCUACGCCAAGAGCCUGGCACCUUCUGCCGGGUGAUGGAGAGAAUGGGGGGCAGCAGCCACACAGAGGUGGUGUAGUGGAGAGGAGAAGUGGCUUUCUACAAAGAGGACUAUACUGGAAGCACGCAGCACAGAGCACCCCCCGGGCCACAACCACACACAGGUCACACCCCUAAACAUAUACACAGGUCGUCAAACCUUUUGAGUUCUAAUCACAUCACUGACAAUGAGCAGACUACAGACACAAGCAGAGCGUGGCCUCGGGCUGGCUUCAACCUUUUUUUAAGUCCAUGUUUAUGUAUCGUUUAAGUAAGAUAUCCUUUCUACAAUUAAAGAUUCUGAUGGGGGUGUGUCAAAA